GGAAGUAGCUGUGUUGUGGGCUGUUCACUGCGCUGCACUUCAGUGGUCCUUCCGAAAUGGCGGACGCGGAUAGUUGGGAUGCCGACAGUUUCGAGCCGGAAGAGCCCAUCAAGAAGGCGCCAGGGCAUGACAAGUGGGAAGGCGAGGAUGAGGAUGAAGAUGUUAAAGAUAACUGGGAUGAUGAGGAGGAGGAAGAAAAGGUGACAGAAACAGAAAUAGUUGCAGUGACAAAGCCUUCAGAGAAGAAAAAACUUAUUGAUAAAAUUAAAGAGAAGGAGAGUUUACAAAAGAAAAAACAGGAGGAACUUCAGAAGCAGUUAGAGGAAUCUAACGACAGCUCAGAAUGCACCCCUGAGGACGAGUUAGCAGAAAAACUUAGAGUGAAGAAACUUCAGGAGGAUUCAGAUUUGGAGCUAGCCAAAGAUGCUUUUGGCAUUGUAUCCAAUAACGUAACCGGACUAGACGCCAUGAGCCCUUCCUCCAAAGAUGACUUUACAGAGUUUGAGCGGUUGCUAAAGGAGAAAAUCUCUCUCUACGAGAAGUCAAUACACUACUCCAGCUUUUUAGAGUCACUGUUCAGAGACCUGUGUCUAUCAUUGGAAGUUGAAGACUUGAAGAAAAUUAACAACUCCCUCACUGUGUUACUCAGUGAGAAGCAGAGGCAAGAAAAGCAGCAAAAUAAAGGAAAAAAGAAAAAGAAAGGUGGCUUACCAGGAGGUGGUUUAAAAGCGAAAAUGAAAGAUGACCUUGAUGACUACGGCGAGUUUGAUGGAGGUUACGCACAAGACUAUGAGGAUUUUAUGUGACCCCUGAUCCCUAACCCAUCAUAUUCUUUGAGUGGCAAAACAUACACCUCUACAGCGCAUGACCUCUCCCUACAGCCAGAUCCACGUCCAGAAUCAAGCUAGAAAAACUGAAUCACAUCACAUGUAACACACACUAGCCUAAGCUUAAGUGGUUUACUCUGACAAAGACUUAAGUGAAGCUUUUUUCUCUGGUUUAUAUUGACUGUAGGUCAUUUUAGUGUUUGCUGUGGAAAAAAACAAACAAAAAAGUCAUAGUCGGGUGACGUCCUUUAUAAAAGCUUGAAAGUCAAAAAUAAAACCUGACUGACGUGAAUCUCAAGCUUGACAUGAACGUGUAUAAAAGAGUUAACAGUAUUACUGUUUCUAAGAGCUACUUGACAUUAAAAUAAAAUUUGACAUUCUAUGCAAAUUUCAGAAAAAAAUGUCUAUAUGUUAUGUAUUUUGAUUGAUUACAUUUCUGCUGUCCUUCAUUUGUGACAACUAUAGACAUUAUUAGUCACUGCUGUUGCUGAAUAAGACUACAUCUAAAGUGAUUACCCUUACAAGUGGUAAUGCUUUUCAUCGAGGUUCCCUUAACCGUCAUUAUUUAAUUUACAUGAACAACAGAAUCAAUACAUAAUAGCAUUCAAAAAUAACUUGCACUUUUCCUCUUUACUAACUUUACAAGAUGAAUAAUCAGCAGCUACAGUACAUUAACCUGGCUUUAAACCAUCUGUGAGAAAACUCGUCUAUAAUGAAUCGAAAAAUGUUUGUGCAGCUGUAUUUUCUUGUCAAUUAAUCCAUGUAUUUGCUUAUUUAAUUAUGUUAAGGUUUAUGGUUUGAUAAUGCUAAUUAAUGCAGUAGUUAAGGGAAGCUUAAAGCAAAGCAUUACCCUAGAAGCAGUCAUACGCCUUUUAAAGUUGAUUAAACAUUUUCAUUUUUCUAUUUCCAGGUGAUCAUGUACGAACCUUUGUUUAGAUGCAUUGAACGUGUCGAGUACCCAAUCUGAUAAAAGCUACCUGUAGGGACAAAGCAGUUAAUGAAUGCAUUUCACUUGAUUUAGAAUUAUGGAGCUUUAUUUAGUCACACAUUUAAAAUAUUGUGUUUUAGGGUGUAUGUUUGUGUUCUUUUUUUUCCUAUUGCAGCACUAAUUUUGUGAACAUCAUAUAUUUGCAGUUUAACAUAUUAUGAAGUUCCUUCAUGCAGUGUCACUAAACCAUGCAGGCAGGCAUUGUUACAAGAGGUUGUAAGAAUACUAUUAUGGUUACUUUUGCAAAUGAAGUGCAUAUAAGACGUCUUCUAAUAGAUCUUGAGAGUUUCCAUUUUUAAAUUAACAGAUUUGCGUUAUAAAAAUUUAAUGUCAGCAAAGAAAAUGAUUCAAUUCUGCCGUGUUUUAUAGAGAUCUAAUUUAAUAAAAGUCUUCAAGAAGUA